AUGGCUCCCCCGGGGCCAGCUCUCCAGGCCAAAAAACAACAGCCCAAAAAUGGAGAGAAGCGCAAAGCCCCUCCCGCCGCCAGCGCGCCCUCCCACUCCCGCAAACGCGCCAAAAUCCAAGAUGCGCGUACGCUCGCCGUCCAGAGCUCUGAAGCCGCCCUCUCCAAGACCGGCGAACUGGAUGUGUCCGCCUUCGUGGCGGCGAGGGAAUAUGAGAUUCGUGCGCUGGAGGCGGGGAUGCGCAAUGCCAGAGGUGCGCUGACGAGCCGGGCGUUCCAAAAGGUGCCGAGGAGCCUGAGGAGGAGGACGGCGAGCCAUAAUGUGAAGAGGGUGCCGUCGAGGCUGAGGGCGAGGGCGAAGAGGGAGAUGAUUGAAGAUAAUACGCCCACCGUGACUGCUCGCCGCCGCAAACCGACUGAGCAGCUACGCCUUCGUUUAGAAACAGCUCGCCGGCUACAAAACUUGAAUGCUCGUUCAAAAGCGAAACGAGCUGCCAAAAGAGCUGCUGUCGACGGCGCAGCUCCCGCUACAGAUGCCGAACAUUCCACCAACAUUGCGCCUCGCGUGCCCAAAAUCAAGAAAAACAAGCUCUCGCAUCCCGCGAAGCCUACGUCGAAAUAUAAGAAACGCCAGCGGGGGAAGACGUGGUUGCCGACGCAUAUGUUUCACGCCAAACGGGCACACAUGACGGAGCCGAACGCACCGCUGUGGCGGUUUGCGAUUCCCUUGACGCCUACGGAGAAAUCUUAUAGGCCUACGCAUCGUGCGAAUGGUGCUAGGGGGGCGAUAGCGUGGGAUAUGAGUUAUAUGUCAACCAUUGGGCUGGAAGCAGUGGAAGCGAGUAUAGCGGGCUUGCUGAAAGCCGUGGGCGUUGAGGGAGAUGCAGCAUGGGGAAAUACAGGUAAAAAAUGGCGGGCAGGGACCAGAAGCCUGGAGGCCUGGUUGCAUGAAAGAGACGGUGAAAAACUGCCCAUUGCUCCAGUUACACUGAUCUGGUGCGCGCAUGAUAAGACAGAAGAUGUUGAAAUGGUUGAUGCCAGCAAGCCUUCAUCGGGCAAGAAACUACCGAAACGCAAGAUGCUUCUUCGUGUCCAUCCGUCCGCUUUCUUGCAACUUUGGCAAGAGUUGCUGAAAGUGUCCAAGAUACAGAAACCGCCAGUUCUGCUUGAGGAUCUCCGUUUCGAAAUUGGAAGCAUUGAACUAUCCGGACCGGGCUCGACUGAAACGCUACUCGCAGCUCUAAGCCCCGUCUCCCUCCCUGAAGGUACUAUCAGACCAUCACGAUGCCCGGAGGAAGUCUGGCAGUCUCUUGUUGGCCUAACAAAUCCUGCUUCGCUUCCCAGGAACGCGCUGUUGGCGUUUAACAUCUCUGAUCCACGCCUGCGACAUCCCCCGCGCACAGUCGAACAGUCAAAUUCAGAAGAGAGCGCCAGCGAUCUUGCUAGACUUUUAUCAUCUUGGCCUCCAGACUCAACACAAUCAAGACCCGAGUUAUUCUCGCGUCCUUGUCGGUUAAAGGCCUCACGAAUCCUUCCCAGCCAGAAAGCAAUCAAUAAAAGGAAGGCAUUGGCCCCGCCAGGCGAAUAUCCGCCAUCGAACCCGGCUGAUCCGCAAAUUCCGGUUAUCCUUCUUGCAUCUCGCCUGGGAUGUCCAUCAGUCAACUCCAGUGUUCACGGACGCUGGACUAUCCUUCUCCCCUGGAAGUGUGUGGUGCCAGUAUGGCAUUCUAUCAUGUACUAUCCACUCUCUUCCGGCGGUAAUCCCAGAUUCGGUGGGGUCUACGAACAGCAACAACUUGCGUUUGAGGCCGGGGAGGCCUGGUUUCCGGGCGAUUUUCCUGGGACACAGGCUGGAUGGACGUGGGAGGUUCGGCAGCGAGCUUUACGGAAAGCUGAGUGGGAACGAAAGCCAAAAGGGAAGAGGGUGGAAUAUGACAGCGUCAAUUUAGGGAACGACAGGCGGGGAGAGAUCGGGCGCGGUUGGGCGUCUGACUGGGAGAGACUCGUCGGGGAGCGGACUCCAAAGGACUCGGAUGACACUGCCAACAAGAUGGCGAUGGAUACAGACCCCAAGGCACAAGCUACCGCUACCCCGAAAAACGGCGACGCUGGCCCAGAGGAAUCCCAAACUCCGCCUCUCGGGAUUCAUCAGCUCUCGCCGUCCGCUGCAUCUUAUAUCCUUCCUAGGAAAGCCAAAUCUGAACGUGUUUCGUCUCCUCUCUUGGAGAGACCCGCCCUCGCAACUGUCAAGAUCAGCCUUAUCAAUCGCGGGACCCCAACUCCACGAGCUCGAAUCUAUCGUCUCCCAACGAUAGACCCCGUCCUCCGGUCGAAAUGGCUAUCGCUCCUCAACAACUCGUCUGGCUCGUCUCAGGUUGCGGCCACCACGUCUUUGACAUGGUCAAAACCCACAAAAAAGCAUAAUCCACAACAUAACAAACAGAAACUGCUCGCUGAAGGAUCUACCGCGAAUUCUAAAAGUCACCCGCCUCCGAUUUCGCUUCUCCCAAGUUCCGAAGAGCCGCAGCCUCAUCUUCCACUUCCAGGUGAAGAGGACUUGAUUGGAUUUGUAACGACGGGGAACUACAACCUGAAUGCCGGGAAAGGAACGGGGAUUGGAGCAAUAUUGGCAAAUAAGUUGGAGGCUUAUUUCCCUCGCGCACCGGCUGCGCACGAAGCUGAAGGUGCAGGCCAUGUUCAAUCCAAUAUUCCGACUGUGAAAAUCGGGAAAGAAAAGUUGUCUCGAUUAUGUAUCGUGCGAGCAGCCGGUGAAGGUGUUGGAAGGUUGGGCUGGUGGGAAGUUUGA